GCAUAUCUUACAACAUUGCGUUUAUUAGAAAAUGCAUAUCUGUGUUAUCAACAAAUGGAAAAUGUCAAAAUUAACUUCUAAACAAAUAAACUAAAAAUAAUUUUUUGAUAAGAUCUCGUAUAAAGGUAUUAUAAUAAACAAAUUGUACAACAUAAAAAGUAAAUACUUCUACUAAUAACAUGUCAAAGCCUCAAACAAUAUUACAUUAUCAAAAUAGUCAAUAUACGCGUGUAAUGAAUUUGAAGUAUAAAUCAAAGUACAAACGCUUAAAACGUCAAAUUAAAAACUUUGUAUUUGAAAAUGCUGCGUUGUGCGAUGAAGUGGCCCAGGUACAAGCUGAUUUGACCACCGCGCGCGAAGAGCGUCGCUAUUUGAUUAAACGACUUAUGCGCCAUGAGGGUAUUGAUAGUUUAGAACAACAACAAAUGGAACAACAGGAUGUUUCUGUAUCGCAACAAAAAGGACCAAACAAAGUGGUUAAUCCCAAUCCCAAAAAGCGAGGUCCCAAAAAACGUAUACCAACGAUGCAGGGGCAAGAAAAAGUCGAUAGACGUUAUAAACCGCGCGAUAAGGUGAUUUUAGAUGCUAGUGGAAAACCCAUGUAUCCUAUCAAUCUAUGUAAUAUUCUUAUACACUCACCUGGCGAGAUUAUACCAAUAAAUCCAAAUUUCCAUACAAGUAACUGGAUAUAUCCAGUUGGUUAUGUUGCUACCCGUAUAUAUGCCCAUCCAAAGGAUCCACAACGAAAAUGUGUUUACACUUGUAAAAUACUUAACAAUGCUGGAAUGCCACAAUUUCAAAUAAUACCAGACAAUGAUUUGGACAGCGUUUUCUUUGGCGAAACAGCUAAUAUCUGUCAUAAGGGUUUAUUGGAAACCCUUCAGCGCACUUUAGCCGAUGUUGUGCAAUUGCCGACACAAGUGCAGGGAGAAAAGUUCUUCGGUCUCGCUAAUCCGACUGUAAAGUCUCUGCUUCAAAUGGAUCCAGGCUAUACACAAUGUUCGAACUUCAAAGGAUUUCUAGAAGAAGGAGAUACUAAUGGCAACGAAAACUUGUCUCUUCUUGAGGACAAGGACCCAACAAUGAGUUUUGAUGCUUUGCAAACAUUAAUCGCCGUAUCAACGUAUCACAAUAUGCCCGAAGUGAAAGAUGAACCACCAGAUGAGUUGUUAGACUUAAAAUAAAUAGAAUCGCGUUUACAAAAGUUAUUUUGAUGAAGUUUAUUUAAAUCAUUUAUCUCGCGUGUAUAUUUAUGUAUAUAUGUAUAUAUAUACGUAUAUGUAUGUACAUAUAAAACGUACAACAAUAAAAAAAUUGUCCGAUUCAUUACAUUACGACAUAUAUUGAGAAUUUUAUACCUAAUAUGCGAUAUACUUUCUAAAUAUGUAAAUAAAAAUCAGCUUCUAAAAAAUACAAAUGUA